CGUUUUACAAUGAAACACGCUGAAGGCGAUUUUCCUGCUUUCUUGCGAUGCUUGACUGUGGCGUUCUUAUCAACGCAUUACUUUUUGACAAAAACCUUUCAUUUUAGAAGAUGGCUGUUACUCUGCAUACAGACCUUGGUGAAUUAAAAAUAGAGUUGUUCUGCGAGAAGGCACCGAAAAGCAGUGAAAACUUUCUUGCAUUGUGCGCUGGUGGGUUUUACACUGGAUGUAUUUUCCAUCGAAACAUCAAGGGCUUUAUGGUUCAGACUGGAGACCCGACAGGUACAGGCAAAGGGGGAACCAGUAUUUGGGGACGGAAGUUUGAAGAUGAAUUCAGUGAGCACCUGAAACACAAUGUCCGGGGUGUGGUCUCCAUGGCAAAUAACGGACCAAACACAAAUGCAUCACAGUUCUUCGUCUCUUAUGCAAAACAGCCUCACCUGGACAUGAAGUACACUGUUUUUGGAAAAAUCAUAGAUGGGCUAGAAACUCUGGAUGAAUUAGAGAAACUCCCCGUCAACGAAAAGACGUUCCGGCCUCUUGAUGAUGUCCGUAUUAAGGAUAUUACUAUUCAUGCCAACCCAUUUGCUGGUUGAUUGAUUUUAUUGUGACGCAUUCGCGAUGAAUAAUGUCUUAUGCUGUAAAUAUAUAUUUUGUGUAAUGUAAUUUUGCCAAUUACAUGCUAUUUCAUACAUUUGUA